AUGGCUUUGGCGCUGCGAGGUCAGCGGGCCGUGGCGAUCCUGCACUUCCUCUGCUUCCUCUGGGCGGUUUUCGCCUUGACCCAGAAUUUAGGGGUGCCCAAACCGGUCCGCAAAGAGCAGGACAACACCUACGGGGGACCCUGGAAACACCUGACCUUCCUUAACCAGGUUCUACAGACAAUACUUUAUUCAUUGUGUGUCCUAAUGGAUGCUGUAGCUCUGUGCAUCCCUUCCCAAGAGAAGUGUGUGUCCUGUUUACUGCGGCCUAUCAGAGAUUUUAUCUUCUCUGCAUAUGUUUUCCCCGUUGGCUUAUUUGUAGCUGUUGCUUUCUGGGGCCUGUAUGCAUAUGAUAGAGAGCUAGUGUAUCCUAGAGAGCUGGAUGAUAUUAAUCCAAGUUGGCUUAAUCAUUCUAUGCAUACUACCAUCCUACCACUGCUUUUCAUAGAGCUGGUUAUAUGUACACAUAAGUAUCCUCAUAGGCUGAAAGGAGUUUUGGGUCUUUUCUUUUUCGCAGCAACAUACGUCUCAUGGAUAAUAUGGGUAUACCACACAUCUGGAAUUUGGGCAUAUCCAGUUUUAGAAGUGCUUAGUCCAAAUGGAAUGGUGGUAUUUUUCUUUGUUUCCUUCAGUAUAAUGGUAACCUUCUACUUCGCUGGGGAACAACUAACAAAAUGGUUGUGGGCAAAACGUAAAAAGGUCACCUAGAAAGGAUCCUGGAAAAGGCAUAAGGAC